AUGAAAAAAGGAUAAGACCAACAAAGCUCAGGCUUUCUCAGAUACAUCAUCCUAUUGCUAGCCUGCAUAGCUCUAGUAAAUAACAUGUGAAUACCAUAGUAUGGAAAUAUGUUUAUAUUUGACUAACCUGCGUUGUUGAAGGAACAAAUAGUGCAAACAUACAGCCCAAUAUAUGGCGAACACCUAACAAACUUCUAUUUCAGCUUCAUGUAUUCGUUCUAUUCCAUCCCCAACAUAAUAUUGCCUUUAGUAGGAGGGUUCAUGAGUGAUGUCUUUGGUAAAAUUAGGAUUUAUGCAAAUUUAGGUUAUAGAAAGAUGUCACUAAUAUUCAUGUUCUUUGUUAUCCUGGGUCAGGGAUUCUUGUAUUUUGGAAGUUCGGUAGCAAACCUAAAAUAUAUGAUUAUGGGUAGAUUUAUGUUCGGAUUGGGAGGAGAAUCACUUUGUGUGGCAAGUUCCAUUAUUAUUAAUAAAUGGUUUGUGGGCAAAGAGUUGUCAUUUGCUAAUGUAAGUAAUCGACUUAAGGAUAGGCCCUUAAUUUGAGUCUCAUAAGAAGCGCCACAGUCUUGGGUACAUAUAUCUCUCCAAGGAUCGCUGAAAAAUCAGGUAUGACUACAGCAUUUGGAGUGGGAUUUGGAAUUACGCUGAUUUCUGGAGCUGCUCUUUUGAUUAUGAAUUUCAUUGAUUCUUACACAGAGAUCCUGUAGAAACGAAAUCUGCAGAAAACAGAAGGGUUAUUGGAUAAUAGCAUUUAAGUAUUGGACUUUGGAGAACUUGUAAAAUAGAUACUGGAAGAUAUUGGAACCUUCCCUAAAGUAAAAUACAUAUCAACACAUUUUUAGAUUUUUUGGAUCUUGACUUUGAUAAUGACCACUUUCUAUACUUCAGUCUUAAUUUUUAUCUCCUUUUCAAGUGGCAUCAUAAUUAAUCUAUGGUUGUCUGCAGAUGCACCUAUAGAGUAGAAUCAAGAAGUGGCUGGUGAAUUGAUGGGCAUUCCCUAUUUGUGUUGUACAUUCCUAAGUCCUUUUGUUGGGUUGAUGAUAGACAAGGUUGGCCAAAGAAUUAAGUUCCUGGCAAUCGGAUGUGCCUUAGUGUUCUUGGGUUUGUUGUUGAUGCUUUUGUUUUAUCCCAUAUUUUGCAUGCUCACUUUGGGAUUAGCCUAUGCUCUCUUCGCUAGUACAAUAUGGACAAGCAUUGCUUUUGUUGUGAAAUAGAAAUAACUAGUAAAAUUUGAUUAUACAAAGGGGCACAGCAUUCGGUGUAAUGAAUUCUGUUCAAAACUUUGCCUUCUUUGUGAUGCCAUUAUUUAUAGCCUUUAUUUCAGCUGAAGCCUCCUCACAAGUAUCAGUAGUCCUAUUCUUUUUAAUACUUGCUUGUGUUUCCUUAAUCAUAGCCAUCUAUUUAUACAUUGAAGAUCGUAAUCGCUUAGGUAAAGACUCCUAUUCCUAUGCAUAGUUUCAUUGAACUCAAGCGAUCAAAAGAAAUUAAUGAAUUAUGUAAACAACAGAACAGAGGAUGGGGAAGAAUUUGAAGAAGAAGAAAUAAUUGAAACGAAAUGAUCG